UUGAAUGAGAAAGCCAAGUCCGCAAGAAGCGCCAGGUUCCAGUGAUUAUAACCAGCCACCUGGGUUCUAUCUUCUAAACCACGCAGCUGCUGCUUCUAAACUUCAGGAAUCCUGAGAAGCACCAGCUGAGAGUGACAGAGCAAAGCGCUGGCUGCAGCCUGAGAGGAACUGAGAUGGCGGAGGCUGACGGCGAUGACUCGCUCAACCCCAUGUCCAUCCUCAUAGACGAGCUCCAGAAUGAGGAUAUUCAGCUUCGCAUCAACAGCAUCAAUAAGCUGUCCACCAUUGCGUUGGCCCUUGGAGUUGAAAAGACCCGCAGUGAGCUUCUGCCCCUCAUUAUAGACAUCCUAUACGACGAGGACGAGGUCCUCUUGGCCCUAGCCCAGCAGCUGGGCACCUUCACCCCUCUGGUCGGAGGUCCCGAGUAUGUUCACUACCUGCUUCCACCCCUAGAGUUGCUGGCCGUGGUGGAGGAGGCCAUAGUGCGGGAGAAGGCAGUGCAGUCCCUGAGGGCCAUCUCGCAUGAGCACUCACCCUCCCAUCUCGAGGACCACUUUGUGCCACUCGUGAAGCGGCUGGUGGGCGGCGACUUGGUCAACUCCCGCAUCUCAGCCUGCAGCCUUUUCUCCGUCUGCUACCCUGGCGUGUCCAUUGCCAUCAAGGCAGAACUUCUACAGUGCUUCCGGGACCUGUGCUCAGAUGACAACCUCUUGGUGCGGUGUGCAGCAGCCUCCAACCUGGGGGAUUUUGCCAAGGUGCUUGAGAUUGACGACAUCAAGAGUGAGAUCAUCCCCAUAUUCUCCAACCUGGCCUCUGACGAGCAGGAUUCGGUGCGGCUGCUAAUGGUGGAAGUGUGCGUGAACAUCGCCCAGCUCCUGCCCCAGGAGGCCCUAGAGGCCCUGGUGAUGAUCACUGUGUGCCACGCUGGCGAGGACACAUCCUGGCGUGUCCGUUACAUGGUGGCUGACAAGUUCACAGAGCUCCAGACCGCAGUGGGGCCUGAGAUCACCAGGACGGGCCUGGUCCCUGCCUUCCAGAACCUGAUGAAAGACUGUGAGCCUGAGGUGAGGGCCGCUGCCUCCUACAAGCUCAAAGAAUUCUGUGAAAAUCUCUCCGCUGACUAUCAGGAGGAUGUGAUCCUGACUGAGAUCUUGCCUACCAGCCAGGAGCUGGUCUCAGAUACCAACCAGCAUGUCAGGUCCACCCUGGCCUCCGUCAUCCUAAGCCUCUGCCCCAUCCUGGGCAAAGAUAACACCAUCGAGCACAUCAUGCCCCUCUUCCUGGCUCUGCUGACGGAUGAGUGCCCGGAUGUGCGGCUGAACAUCAUCUCCAACCUCAAUUGCAUGAAAGAGGUGAUUGGCAUCCAGGAGCUGUCCCGGUUCCUGCUCCCCACCAUCAUGGAGCUUGCGGAGGAUGCCAAGUGGCGGGUGCGUCUGGUCAUCGUUGAGUACAUGCCUCUUCUGGCUGGACAGUUUGGGCUGGAGUUCUUUGAUGCACAGCUCCACUCCUUGUGCAUGUCCUGGCUUGUGGAUCAUGUCUAUGCUAUCCGCGAGGCGGCCACCAACAACCUGAAGAUGCUGGUGGAGCAGUUUGGGAAGGAGUGGGCCCUUGCCGCUGUCAUCCCAAGGGUCCUGACCCUGUCUGAGGAACCCAACUACCUGCACCGCAUGACUACACUCUUCUGCAUCAAUGUGCUGUCUGAGGUCUGUGGGCAGGACAUCACCACCAAGCACAUGCUGCCUACAGUGCUGUGUAUGGCUGGGGACCCCGUCGCCAAUGUCCGCUUCAACGUGGCCAAGUCCCUACAGAAGAUCGGGUCCAUCCUGGACAACAGCACACUGCAGACUGAGGUCAAGCCCAUCCUGGAGAAGCUGACCCAGGACCGGGAUGUGGAUGUCAAGUUCUUUGCCCAGGAGGCUCUGACUGUCCUGUCGCUCACGUGAUGCUGGAAGAGGAGCCAAUGCCAGCCUCUGGUAUCCACUCUCCCCCUCCCUCCCCCCAAGUCCCUCCCUUGGGGAGACAGUGCCCUUGGCUGUCCCUCCCUGUGCAUGUUCUGACCCCAGGCCCCUCCCCCAGCACGGUUCCUGUCCCCAGCCUGGGAAUCCAACUUCUCACCGUCCACUCCCACGGGGUUGGGGGUGCCCAAGGUACGACAGGGCAGAGACCCUAGGAGGAAGAGUUGUUCAUGCUGUGCUGGGGGGAGAGGCUGGCAUCCCAGUUUGCAGGCUCCUGUUGAUAUAAUGGGGAGCCCUCCCCCAUCGAUUUCUCCACCUCCCUUCCUUCCCCCUAAACAGUUGUUUGUGUCAGUUGUGCCAUUUUUAUUUUAUUCCUUUUACCCCCUUUCCAGAGAAAUAAAGGUCUAGAAAUUUUAAAAAAAUAAUGAAAAUAGAUUCAUGGGAAAAUACAUGUUUCCGCCAAAAAAAAAAAAAAUAGAUAGCUCUUUCUACAGAUCACAAGGAUUCUUACUGUUUUAACACCAUCUAAACUUCCUAAUUUGCAUCAUUAUUGUUCUAAAAAUAUUAUGUGAAAAGAUUGUCACGUUUUCAUAUUUUUCUCCCUUGCUUCUCUUGAGCUGGACAUGAAUAUUCACCUUUUUUCUCUUUGAAUGAGUUAUUGCCUGUUUUCCCACAUCUGCUUAAGUGAAUAAUAU